AUGUUGCGUAUUCCUCCCGCUGGCUCAGCUAGCGUAGCACCUUCCGCUGAUAGCGUCCCGCCCACUGGUCCCACCAGUGUAGUACCUGCGAGUGAGAGCGUCCCGCCCGCCGGCUCUGCCGACGUAGUACCUUCCUCGGCGUCCAACAUUGAUGGGGGUGCUGAUUUUGACUUGGGUGAGGCCGCGCUUGGCCCUGAUGCGUCCCCGUUCACUCUUGGUUCGACUGGAAAGUCCGUUGACAUCAACCGCUUCCACCGCUCCCUUGCCCACGCUUGCGAGCCUCUUUUGAGAGAAACUGCCAAGCAGAGAGGCAUCGUGCUCACCGGCAAGCUGGAACCGUGCACGGACUGCAUGAAGGCGCAGGGCAGGCGAAGGUCGGUGCCGCGGGGGCCGGGAGCGCGGGCGUCCAAGCCACUGGGGCGUGUUCACCUGGACCUGUGUGGACCGCUGGUGCCUUCCCUGGGCGGCAACCUCUACCUGUUCGUCGCCGUGGACAGCGCCUCGCGGAGGAACCAGGUCUACGGUCUCCGGCGGAAGUCCGACGCGCUGGCGGCAACAAAAAGGCUGCUGGCGGACGUGGGGCGGUACGACCUCGGGCGCAUCGAGUGUUUCCGCGUCGACAACGGCACCGAGUGGACCCGCGGCGACUUCCGGCGCUUCUGCGACGACAACGGCAUCGGCGUCGAGUUCACACCUCCCGGCGUCCCGCAGUACAACGGCGUCGUCGAGAGCGCCAUCUGGCGCAUCAUGAAGGCCGGCAUGGUCGCUCGCCGCAGCGCUGGCCGUGUGUUCAACGUCGACUUCGCCUCCAUCCCCGGCCUGGACGAGCGGGGUGACCGUCAUUGGAUGGAAUCGGCGAAAUGGGCCGCCGACGCUCUCAACCAGUCGACGACCAAGGCCAACCCCGGGCGGCGCUCGCCGCACGAGUUGUUCACCGGCGAGCAGGGGCCUUUCCGCAUGCAAGCCACCAUGCGCAACAUCUUCCUUGACGAGCAAACGUGCAACAGAACCAAGGGCCAAAUCGCUGGCCGCGGAUUCGCCAUGGCUACCAAGACAUCUGGCCCCAUCUGCUUCGAGUGCAACGAACCGGGACAUGUCAGGAGGAACUGUCCCAAUCGCCAGCGGGAGGGCCAUAGGGCAAAGAAGACGAAGCCUGCGGGAGCAACCAAGUGGUGCUCCGUCCAUAACACCACUACACACUCCGACGAAGAGUGUUACAACCAAGGAGCCAAGCGACCAGAGCGCACGGCCAAGGCCUUUUCUGCAUGCACACACUGCGUGCACUGCUCAACCCAGUCAAGAGACACACACGCCAAGCCUACCACAACGGAAACUCCCAAAGAAACAGAGAAGACCGAGAAGGCAGAGAUCGACAUCUCUUACGACGAAGACGCAUUCAAGGGUGGAUUCAUGUACCAUGCUAUAUGCAGCAAGGAAAGCGGACGCACUUUCACGAAUACUGCAACUGGGACUUCAGCCCUGGUGGAUUCUGGAGCUUCUGAGACCAUGUUCGACAACCGCCUCAUCCCGAAUGGACGUCUCGAAGAAGAACGCCCGACGCCCAAGAUCAUCGACGUUGCAGGAGAAAGCCAACUACGAGGCACUACCACUGGGAUCCUACACUGCACCAUCAAAGACGACAAAGAACAGCAACUACCCGUCAAGCUACAAGGUGUGAAAUAUGACGGACCUGUAUGCCCGUGCGACAACUGCCACAUCACGAAGCACAAGAAGGCUCCCGUCUCGAAGAAGACCAGCCGUGUCCUGACCAAACCAGGCCAACUCGUCCAGUUCGACAACAUGGGACCAAUCGACCCGCCUGCGAAGUACAACGGACGCACCUACUCCUACGUCGCCAAAGCGACCGACGUCUUUACCAGAGUGCGGGAACUGUACCUACUGCGCGACAGGACCGAAACCACGCAAGCUCUGCACGCCUACAACAUGCAAGUAGCAUCUGAAGGCUACCGCAUCGAGGUUCUACGUUGUGACAAAGGCGGAGAGAACACUGGGGAAGAAAUGCGCAACUACUGUAGGGAGUCUGCGAUCAAGCUGGAAUUCGCCGCGACCAACACGCCCCAAGAAAUCGGAGUGUCAGAAAGGGAUGGCCAGACACUUGCGGCUGUGACUCGAGCUCUACUGCGCGAUGGAGACUUCCCAAAACACAUGUGGGGGGAGCUCAUGAUGACUGCAGCAUACCUGACCAACAGGACCCCACACGCGGCGCUAGGGGGAGCCACGCCGUAUUCCAAGAUGUACAACACAACCCCGGACCUUUCUCGACUUCGUGCCAUCGGCGCCCGCGCGUUCGUUCAUCACGAGCGAUACAAGAAGAAGCUAGACGAUCGGGCCUUUGAAGGCAAGCUCUGCGGUUACGGACCUGACAGCAAGUCGUACCGGAUCUAUGUGGAGGGCAAAGACAAGGUCUACGAGAGCUGGAACGUACUUUCAUCGAGACUCGGCCCAACACCAUCCCCCCUCACCGGUGGGACGACCGUCUCGAAUAUGAACAGGANCAGCAAGACGUACCGGAUCUACGUGGAGGGCAAAGACAAGGAACGAUGCCCCACCGACGCGGCGGAUUUUGCUCACCUGGAUGAAGACCCCUUCGCCGAAGCCCGGGCGUAUGCUUAUGCCACAAGCACCUCGAGCAAAGGGUUCUUGGGGAAGACAAACCAAGAGAUCAAAACUCCGAGCACGUACACCGAAGCCAUGAACUCACCACAACGCGAGCAGUGGAAGAGCGCUAUCAACACCGAGAUGGGUAAUCUCGCCAGGCACACAGUGUACAAGAAAGUACGCAUCAGCCUGGUACCGAAGGAUGAAGACGUGUUCGACACACGCGUCGUGUUCAAGAUCAAGGCCGACAGCCGCUUCAAGGCCCGCUUAGUCGCCGGGGGACACCGCCAACGGGCAGGACGACACUACGGAAGGAACUACGCUCCAGUCACCCGACUGGGUAGCAUCCGCAUGCUAUUCGCCAUCGCUUGCGAACACGUGUUAAGAUGUACAGCAUAUCCACUAUGCUUUAAGUCUGCGCUGACUUGUAGCAUAGUGGAUAUGCUGUACAUGUUAACAAAUUGCACGCGAGGUAGGCGGGAAACGAUUGGGGAAGCGAGGAGCUCGGUUGGUGGGAAGAUGGCGCCAUCGGGGGCAGGGUUGGGAUAA